AUGUUUGUGUCUACUGAUUGCUUCCCACUUUGCUUAGAGCUCUCCAAAUAUGGAGCUAGACCACUUCAUACAGUGCCAGCUCACAUCAGAACGGAAUCAUCCUUUCGCUCCUAUGAGAACGAAGCUCUACAAAGGAUCAUUUCAACUCUGGCAAAUAAAAAUGAUGAAAUUCAGAACUUUAUUGAUACACUAAAUCAAACACUAAAAGGAGUUCAGGAAAAUUCUUCUAACAUACUUUCAGAGUUAGAUGAAGAAUUUGAUAGUUUAUAUUCUAUUUUGGAUGAGGUGAAAGAAAGUAUGAUUAACAGUAUCAAGCAGGAACAAGCUCGUAAAUCACAAGAGUUACAGAGUCAGCUCAGUCAAUGUAAUAAUGCCUUGGAGAACUCAGAAGAACUACUAGAAUUUGCAACACGGUCAUUAGAUCUAAAGGAACCUGAAGAAUUUUCAAAGGCUGCCAGACAGAUCAAGGAUAGAGUAACAAUGGCUUCAGCCUUUCGCCUUUCUUUGAAACCAAAGGUCAGUGACAACAUGACUCAUUUAAUGGUGGAUUUUUCUCAGGAAAGACAGAUGCUGCAAACUUUGAAGUUUUUGCCAGUUCCUAAAGCUCCAGAGAUAGAUCCAGUAGAGUGUUUGGUGGCUGACAAUUCUGUAACAGUGGCUUGGAGAAUGCCAGAAGAAGAUAAUAAAAUUGACCAUUUUAUACUGGAAUAUCGGAAAACUAAUUUUGAUGGACUUCCACGUGUAAAGGAUGAGCGAUGCUGGGAGAUAAUUGAUAAUAUUAAGGGUACUGAAUAUACACUAUCAGGCUUAAAGUUUGAUUCAAAGUAUAUGAAUUUCAGAGUUCGAGCUUGUAACAAAGCUGUAGCUGGAGAGUAUUCUGAUCCAGUGACUCUAGAGACCAAAGCACUAAACUUCAAUUUGGAUAGCUCAUCAUCCCAUUUGAACCUGAGAGUUGAAGAUACCUGUGUAGAGUGGGAUCCUACAGGAGGAAAAGGUCAAGAAAGUAAAAUGAAAGGAAAAGAGAAUAAGGGCAGUGUCCAUGUUACUUCACUGAAGAAACAUACAAGAAGUGGCACGCCGUCCCCCAAACGGACAUCCAUAGGCUCCAGGCCACCAGCAGGAAGAGGCAGCAGAGAUCGUUUUACUGGGGAAUCAUACACAGUGCUGGGAGACACUGCUAUUGAAAGUGGACAACAUUAUUGGGAGGUCAAGGCCCAGAAGGAUUGUAAAUCUUACAGUGUGGGAGUAGCAUACAAGACUUUGGGGAAAUUUGACCAAUUAGGAAAGACAAACACUAGUUGGUGUAUCCAUGUCAACAACUGGCUGCAAAACACAUUUGCAGCAAAGCAUAAUAAUAAAGUCAAAGCCUUGGAUGUUACUGUUCCUGAGAGAAUAGGUGUAUUUUGUGAUUUUGAUGGGGGUCAACUUUCUUUCUAUGAUGCAAGCUCAAAACAGUUGUUGUAUUCCUUUAAGACAAAAUUUACUCAGCCAGUACUACCUGGUUUCAUGGUUUGGUGUGGUGGACUUUCUUUGAAUACUGGGAUGCAGGUUCCAAGUGCUGUGAGAACGCUUCAGAAAAGUGAAAAUGGAAUGACGGGUUCAGCUAGCAGCCUAAACAAUAUUACUCAGUAA